UCAUUUAUGGAUAUCUAGUGAAGAAUAGAGUUGAAAAAUAUGCUCAGCUUAAUCUAAAAGAAUUUGUUGAUGAAAGUGAUAAAGCCUUAGUUCCACAAGUUAUUCAAGACACUCCUCUGUCUAGCAAAAAUGCAUCUCGCUUUUCCACAUUUCUGAUUUACAUCUUUUAUUUGGUUGCUCGGCAUGUCAUAUUGUCUAUAUUUGUUGCCAUACUUUUCUCAGCAAAGUAUCCAAUCGACUACUCCUGCUCAUGGCAUCCUAAGAUGAAAGAAAACCCUUUAUCAAACCACAAAUUUCUAUUCUCACACAACGUCACAUCAUUUGAUUGCAAGAAUCCGAAAGGUGAUAAAAGCGAAACUUUGAUCUGGGUUGUUGCUAUUGCUAAUGUCAUCGUAAUAAUAUUGACAACUUUAGAGCUGUGUUACUUAGCGUAUUUAGCUUUCAAUGACAGUUACAUUAUGACUGAGCAGGAAUUUUGUAUGGUUUACGUAUUACGAAAACGCCAAAGUAAGUGGUUGGAAAAACUCAAACGUAAGUUUUACACGCACAAAAUAUUUGAAAUACACGAGGAUUUUGGAGAUGAUGCAAAUUCCUGGCGAAAUGUUGAGGAUGUUUAUGUAAACGUUGUAAUGCAAGCUGAAAGACAGUUAAGAAAGUCUUACCCAGACACUUUUGAAAGGCAUGAAAUAUUCCAUUGUCAUCUCAAAAUUAGAAACGAUGCUGUAAAAAUCACACGUGCGACACAAAUAUUUUUGCCAGUCCAGAGUAAGAAAGAUCAGUCGUAUCCACGAACCAUUUUAGUGAUAGGAAGACCAGGAAUUGGUAAAACUAUGUUGACUAGAAAGCUUAUGCACGAAUGGAAGAACAAUUUAGACAAAUUCUGGACUGAUAAAAUUGUUCUUUUAAUGCGAUGUCGUACGUUUAAAGAAGACGACAUCACUAUCAAAGAAAUGCUAGGUGAUUGUGAUGGGUACUCUGUUGGGCAGUUUGCACAAAUUUAUGAUUUUGUACUGUUAAAUCCUGAUAAAACUGUACUUAUUUUUGACGGUUUUGAUGAACUUGCUCUUGACAACGAACGUCUUAGAACUGAUGGCUCAUUGUGUGUUAAUGCAAAAAUGCCAGCGUUUACACUACUGAGUAUGUUACUUGAAGGAAGAUUGCUGCCUGGUGUUACUGUUUCUAUAACAUCGCGGCCUACAGCGCAACGUGCCUUUGAACUACUAAAGUUUCAAAGGACUGUGGAGAUCCUGGGAUUUUUUGAGGAUCAGAUUAAGGAAUAUGUUUUCAAGUUUUGUCGGAAAGACAAGAGUACUGCUAGAAAGAUUUUCGAUUGCAUUGACAGUUCUCUAGAACUUCGGAGCUUGUGUUAUAUUCCCGUUAACUGUUACAUCCUUUGCCUGACCUUGAAGGAAAGCUUCAUCAAUAAUGCUGAGGAUAUUCCAAAGACUAUCACCGAAUUAUACAAAAGAGUGGUGAAAAUCUUACUCUGGAGACACCACCCACGCUGCAAAUCAGGAUCAAUACCGAAGCCAGACAGGGGUUAUCUUAUAAAGCCUUUACCAAGCGAGCUUGAUGAUGAAAUACAGAAGAUGAAAAGCCUUGCAAAAAAAGGAAUGGAAGAAGGGAAAUUGAUUUUUGAUGAAACACACCUUACAGGCUUUGAAAAUCUAGUGAAUUGUGGUUUACUUCACCAAAUACCAGACAAAAGACGUAAUUAUUUUUGUUUUCUUCAUUUGACUCUUCAAGAGUUUCUUGCUGCAUGGUGCGUUGUUGACGACUGGAAAAACAUUGGAAAGUUUUUGGAUGAUCGUCGGGCAGAUCCUAAAUGGCAUUUGGUGAUAGAGUUUGUUGCUGGUUUAGUUGGCGACACAAAGAAAGAGAAUAAAAGAUUGAAUAUCGAUGAUGUUCAAAUGAGGUAUAGCGUUAUUUUGACUUUUUAG